CCCUUCUUGAUAACUAGUGCGUAAGACAGGCUCCUGCUGUAAUCGACUUCAACUCUCCGAGCAGUCUUGUGUCUCCGUUAUCGAGCUGCAGCAGGAUCAUCUAUCAAGAUAAAGCAAAUCGUUUAGUAGCGAGUGUAAGACGAAUCGAACACAAUGGUCAAGAUUGCAGCUAGUCUUCUGGUUUCGGCGAUGUUUGUGUUUGUUUUUAGUGAUGCGAGAAGCACUGAAGAUAUGGAGAUAGAAGCGAAGGAGCACCUCCAAAGGGUGGAGCAAUUUCCUUGUAAACAUCCUCAACCGAGGAGUGUGGAUUUAGUGGAGGACUUAGGAGUGUCGAGAAAUGGAAGAGAAACAAUUUAUCCAUCUUCAACUAUACUUCAUCGGUGUGAAUCUUCAGGUUGCUGCCAAUACCCUAAAAAAUGCACUUUCGUAAGACAAGUCGAAGUGGAACUUACCUUUCAACGUAGGAACAGAGGUGUUAUAACAUACGACACAGUUUCAGGACAGAACCAUACAGAAUGCUCUUGCCAAAAAGGUAGCAACAGUCCAAAAUGAAAAUGAAAACAGAAAUCCAUAUUUGUACUUGGUAUUGUUGGAUUAAAUUUCAAAUAUUCAUGAAAUAGUCAAAUCUGAUGUAAAAUUAAUUCUUUUAUGGUUUGAUUACUUCAUAUGUAUUACCUACUAUGUCCUUAAAAUCCACAGUAAGAGGGAGUUAUUCGAUUAAACCUAACAACUGCAUCGAAGACUAAACUUGGAAGAGUUAUUGUAGCAUAGGUUGACAUUUUAUAUUGCAAAUCACAAUAAUAACAUUAUUUAUGAUGAUGAACAGUGUAUUAUCAGAGUGAUAUUGUAACCUUGUACCUUGAAACUAAAAAAAUUUACACCGCUCCAAAAUUAAAAUAUCAAAAAGUUAUCAAUGUAAUUUUCUUUAACUCUGCACGCUAGUCACUUGAUAAGGAAAAGAAGUUAUAGGUAAAGCUAAUACCAUUUCUAUAUCAGAGCAUGUUUUUCUUAUAAUAUUAAUAAUUGUCCAGCCUUGGUGCUGCAGACUACUGCAUCAUAAUAGUACUUAUGUAUUUCAUUUUGUUUUUCGUGAGUCCAUUUUGCAGAGUUAAAAUUGAAGAGCUUGGAAGAAGGGACAAUGUUACUGGAUAUAAGUACUGGGAAAUUUAGUAUUAAAGUUUUUUUGGUGUACUCUUUCAAUUCAAGGCUGGUUUAACAUAGCCUUUCAUCUUCUUCAUAACUCUGUAAUCUGUUACUCUUCUGAAUAUUUCUGAAUAUUCAGAUUCUGUAACUAAACACUGUUGUUAAUGUCCUUUAUCCACUGAACUAUCUUUUAUUUUCAAAAAACGUAUUCGCGAACAGAAAAUUUUUUUUUCUUCGAUAUUGGUGCAAUAUUUUGAAUUAAAAUAUGAAAUGAACAUCAUUGUAUUUCUGAAUAAACCUUCUCCAAAUUCUUAUAUUUUUUGGGGAUGUUCAAAAACUACAAAAAUAUGGUUAAGCUAAAAUAAAAACUCUUCAAUAAUAUCACUCAAGUCAAAGAAAUGCCUGAUUCAAUAAUGAAAUAAGGCAAUAUUCAAAAGAUCCAAAACUUUGUAUUAAUAAACUGGUAAUAAGUUGUAUGUAUGUAUUUGAAUUAUCAUUGAAUCAUUUAAGAUGAUAAAAGUUUGUGAAAAGAUGUUUCAUCAAUCCUCUUAAUUCCUUGUGAUUUAUAUAUUAUAAAGUUGUUCAUUUAAUGCUGUUAUUGAUACUUUUGUAUUAAAUAUAUUUUUGUGCAUUUUAUUUUAUUAAUUCACAUUAAAAAUAAUACACUGUUAUAAUAAUAUAAAUGUGUAAUAGUUUUAUUCUAUACAUUCCAAAACGUAAACUGAUUUUUCUCUUAUUGUACCUAAUUAAAAAUGACAAAACCAAGACCAUUAACAACCCAGUGAAGAUAAUUUUAGAUGCUUAGUGUGAUGUUAUUGAGAAACAGAAGAAAUAGUAACAAUUAUUAAUCUGUUGAUAUCGAAGAUUUAUGUUAUGUCAAUACCACACGAACAUUAUUAAUCUAAUGCCAACAAAAUAGUUACAUAAUUAUUUACGGAUGAAUAAUUAUACUAAUCUCUUCACAGAGUAUUCAGUCAUAGUUAUCCAAGAACCUUCUUAUUUUUUAAUUGAAAUUAAUUAGUUGAAAAUGUCAAAUGAUAAUCACCAAAAAAAUCUUCAAUUAUGCGCA